AUGACAGCUAACAAAUUCCCUUCAGGAUCUAGAGAGGACAGAAGUUGUCCGACAGCUGGAGAUGGUAGUGCCAAAGUCUGGUCGUGUUUGCCCCCUGUAGAAGAUGCUAAGGCAUCGCAUAUCACGCAGGAAGACGACUGGUUUCCUCCUUCCCAGUGGCCUAGCAGCGGGAGCGCCAGUAACAAUAGUACUGAUCGGCUAAGCAGUCAUGGAUGCUCCGGACCACAUGGGUCACCACUGAAUUCGGAGCCGCCGGCGAUAUUCUCACAUGAGUUACUGCGGGAAGCGGAUAGCUGGAACACAAAAAACCAAGCGCUCUGUGAAACCCUAGACUCGGCUCAGGGAGUACGCCAAGAUGCUUGCAGACCUGAACAUCUCACUAGAGGAACUGGCUCUCCAAGGGCAUCGACGAGUGUAUCCUCUUUGGGGGCUGAUGGCGUCACAGUUGGAGUACUCCAGUUGCCACAACAAUGCGCCGGAUCGUGGACAAACCGGACCGGGUGCAAGAAGGCGCUGGUCUGUGGGCCCCUCUCUGUACAGCAGACCCUAACAGAACGUCAGUUGGACAUCGAAAAGCGAAUGGUAGAAGUACGACAGCAAAACAGACGUCGCUUGCAUCGAAGGCAGCAAGAGGCUAAGGAACAGCAGCUACAACGCAUGAGAGAACACCGUGCAGCUCUGUUGGCUAGGAGAGAAAGGAUAAAGCUGGCAUCGGUGUGGAAAGAAAGAGGAAUGGCCGCAGCAGCUAAGCCCUCGACAAUUUUUAAGGGGAGGGGAAAAAUGGAGCGCAUUCCUUCAGACGCUUCUCAAGCUACAGAAAAUGACACUCGAAGCACAGAUGAGCUGCUCGCAGCACUGGUGAUUUCAGAGUCAAUAUCCCUCAACACGGAAAUCGGAACCAGUGAAGAUGGCAUCAAUACAGAUUUGGCAAAAAGGGCAACCUAUCCACCAUCGAGCUACCGUUGCCCGGGUCGUCUGCCAGAGGAUAAGAAUGUCUCAGCACGUCUUGCUACAUUGCAGCAUACGCGAGGGAAUAGACUGGCUUCAUCACAGAAGAUGGGCUCUUUACUCCCGCAGUUCCAGGGCAUGCCAUAUGUUCCUAACAGCCCCAGCCAGGCGCAAUCUCUCCGUAAAGGAGCCGUUCCCUUAGCCCUGCGCCGUCCUGCAAAACCAGGGGUGAAGCAGGCCGCUGCGGAGGAGGCUUCCAACUCCUCUUCGCAGCGUGGGGAGGGCCGAAGCUCUUCCUCUUCAAAGGAGCAAGAAGGCGAACAUAAAAGGCAAGUGAGCCGUAAAAUAAUGCCGGCGGUUGUCGUAGUUGACCAACUUCUUAAGAAGCAACUUGAUGUUCAACUGCAGCAGCAUAAACAGCAUGGCUUGACAAGUCAAAAAGGCAGACACUGCGUCACUGAUACCCCAUUAGAUCAUUUAUCUCCAUCAGUUUCAUCUGUACGGAAUAGCACAAGCGUCUGUAGGCCUCCAACGACAAGGUCAAAGGCAACGCAGGAAAUUGGGGCGCCAGAAAUAGCAAAAUCUGCUUAUCUACCGGUGCACGAAGUUGCCGAUAUCGCGAAUACAUGUCAGCAAAAAGAAUGCAUGCUCCCUUCCAUCCCUUGUAAAGAAAGUGCUAGUAUGCAGCCGAGGAGCAGGUGCGCUCCUGAAGAGACAGACGUUCCAUGGGUUGCUCAUACGGAGAGGCUGAUAUGUAGGCUAGACAACUUCAUGGCUACCGAACCAGAAAAUGCCAGCUCAGCUGCGCCCAAUAUGUGGGCAGGGUCUGCCGAGGCACAGCCUAAAGGGGUACAGCUCGUGCGUAUAUGUGCAAAAGGCCUAUCCAAGCGUGAGCUGGAGGACGUUGGACCCCCUGACCCUCGUAAAGCACCCAGAGAAACUUCCUACAUGGAUGAAAGUGCCUCGAAUCGUGCGGCGAGUCAGCAGAUGCCGUUGGGUGAGAAGGAUCGGUGCAUUAUGCGUCUCCCAUCAUCACAUGGCGAGCCAGACGGCAGCAGUGGUGCAACAAAGCCACAAGGUGAGAUCGAUAAGAAUAUAGGGCACGCGGAAACCAAAGGUGUAGAGCAAAAAUUGCAAGCAUCGACCCAGAACGUGAAUGUUCAACUGAUUGGCGAUGAAUGCCCAACACUUUCAGCAGUAUGGGCCCUUCAACAGGCAGAAGUAGAAGAGGAGAAGCGGCUUCUACUACUUGAGAUGUCGCAUCACGCUAUUGCGAAACAUGCGGAAAAAAGAAGGAAGGAACAGAACCUGCAAUCUCAACUACUGGCACAACACUUCCAAAUGAAGCACCCCAACAACCCUGGAACUUUUGCCACGAGCUCCCAGCCGCUGCCUAAGGGACAGCCUUGUGCUGACUCCUGCUCGCUUGUGGUACAUCCAGUAAAAGAUUCGCUAAGGACUAAAACUGAGCGUUGCACUCCCCAAAAGCCAAGAUACUUGCCUCCAGGUGAGAGCCAUACAGCGGCGCACAGUCCUGCAGGCCCUACAGCACCUACUUCUUUUCCCCCCGAAGACCUAUCACCGGAAUACACUGAAAAAGGAAAGUAA